AUGAGCGACUCGCUGGACUUUGAAGACGACCGCCUCGCGAAGCGGGUCAGGUUCAUUCCAUCGCCAGAGCUUCAUGACAGCCGUGAGACCGAGGCGUCUUGUGAACGACAACAACGACAACAACAACAACGAGGACACCCGCCCCGCACGCUCCCCCUUCCCCUCCCCCUCCCCCUCGGUGACGAGCAGCAGCAGGGCCAGCACGUUUCCCACGCCCCGCCGGAAUGUUAUGCCACUGCCGCCUCCUCUUGGCCCGACGAACCUGUAUUCGACCCGACAUGGAAGUGGCCCGAGUCCGCCACGACCCCUUCGUUCCAGUCGACCGCGUAUCGAGCUUCUCCGGCCGUCGUCGCUCCCUUGUGCCCACCUCCAGUGUCCUCCUCAGCCCCGUCAGGAAGCAUCAACCAUGGCCGGCGACUUCCUCAGUGUAGCCACCCUCGCUGCGAUGAUACUUUUCAGAGCCCUUUCAGGGACUGCAUUGGCACUUUUGGGCUAUACAAGUCUCAGUUCUUUAGUCGUCCUCUAGACGGCAAGGUGAAUGGUUAUAUCAAGUUCUCCUGGCCCAAGGAUAAGCACGGAAAGCAACGCCCAACAAGGCGCACGAAUUCAAGUCACGACACCACCAGAGUCUUUGAAAUGGAUGGCCCUACUGAGGGGAACGACGAGUUGACGUCGCAAUCUUCAACAGCCCUCAUUGGUCCCUCCUCAGCGCCUUCAAGAGGCGGAGAAGACGUUAUUGAGCUUGCAGUUGAUUUGUCAAGCUUUUACGACCUACCGUCAACGCAAACCAUUGCAUCGCAUGCGCCAGUAGGAUCUCAUUCGCUCGCUGACCUCUCCAAUGCAUUCAGUCAAGUUGCACAUAUGGGGGCGCCCAAGUUGCUACCGUCUCAAUAUGGCUAUGAUGCCAAAAUGGACGACACUGAUAGACGAUUCUGGAUGUUUUGUGAGUACAAUGCAAUAAGCGGGAAAAGAUGGGUCAAAUCUCAACGUGCUGACGAACAAAUUCGAGAUAUUCGAAACUGGUGCCCGGGACGCAGUGUACUGGAUGACACAAAUCUAUGGCUCAAGGAUUUCGCCCAAAUGCACAAGAGCGUUGGUGUCCGAUCAGCCAUCCAAAGUCUGGCUGGCAUUUACAUCUACGAUUAUCUACCACUAGAAUCUAUUCGCAACAGAGUCAACCAGCGUUUCUCUGAUGCCGAAAAGCGAUUUUCCCAACUACUUAACGACCCGGCGACUGCCAAAGAUGAAGCACUGGCAAAUGAGCUAAUCACGAUUGCCGUCAUUCUCUCUAUGCAAGAUAUCGUCUUGACAGAGCGUCGCCUCAAGAACCCAUUUUCUCCUCGUUGGCUUCAAGGCUUCCGACAGGGAGAGCAAUUUCUUGAGGCGACAGAUCAUGGAUCGCGAUUCUGGAAAUCAUCCAAUGUACAGUCGUCGUCGUUACGAAACUCGCAAUCCAUCAUCGUUGGCCGCGCAGUUAUCUUGGCCCAGCCCAUGACCUCAUUGCCGCCUCCACACGAAUUCGACGCUGAGAAGGAAGCAUCUCGAUUUGGUUGGCUUCUCUAUGGCAUCGAAAGGGACAUGUACCAGAUUCAUGGUGGUUGUGGAUUUUCAAAGAAACUGCUGCAUACCCUGAAUCAGGUAACGUAUUGUGCUGCACGUUUGCAACAAGAACCGGAGACUCCCAUUGUUCCAAUGACAGCGGAUUAUCUACACUCAGAGCUUCUCCAUAUGAGACAAUGGAGCCCCGAAUCGAAGAGCUGGGAGGCUGCAAAUUCUGGACCGUCCGUCAUUGAAUGGGUUCGUUCUGUGCCCGAGGGCUACCAGAUUGAUACAAACGCGCUCAUGACAGAUGUGACGGCGGAAGCUUGGCGUUUUACUGCCAUUAUUCACCUGCAAUGCCGUGUGAUGCGAUUACCUCGAAAUCACCCCGACGUGAUAUCCAACUUGGACGACCUCGCAAAGUGCAUUACGAUCAUGCCCACGUCGGGAAGCCAAUUUACAGCCCAGGCACCCCUGUUCCCGGUCUUUUUACUGGGCAUGUUGGCAACCAGACAAGAGCAUAAAGCUGUUUCGAAAACCUGGUUCGACGAGGUCCUGCAGACCCCCGUAAGAAGUAGCGUUCCACCCUUGCACACAGCGCUUCUGCAUAUCUGGGAAUGGAUUGAUAAAGAGAUCCCCGUUUUAUUUGAACCUCUUCUCCAUACCAAUCAACCCAUCUACCUUCGACAGCCUUGGUGGGAACAGCUUGUGACCCUCGUCCAGCAGCAAGAGCAAGAAGUCCUCUGCCUGACAUGA